UUUACAGGUGGCUUUACCAUUAACUGUCACAUUUCUUUCCGUGUCGGGGCAGGGGUAAGGUAAAGGGUACUUUGUCGUUUCAAGUUGUAGACGACCUAAUGUCCUUCAGAGCCUCAGAGUAACUUUAAAUUUUAUAACUUCUGAGUGAAUGUAGUUGCACGUGUAUGCCUUUGAAAUGGGUGUAUAGCAGUUGUAGUAGAAGCUCCAUAGUUUAUUAGCCUAGCUUGAACCGGUGAGCUGCUGAACCGGUAGCUCCGUAGAUUUCGAUAUAAUACGUUUAGCCUAGUUAGUUUCUUUUCAGAAAUUAGGAUUUGCAUCUGCAUUCUAGCAUGGAGCCCUUUGGAGUCGUCGGCAUUGUUCUCGGAUGCUUUACAAGCAUGGUGCUGGGUGGGCUACUGUUUGCAGCCUACAAACUUGGCAUACUCUACCAAUUGUUCCACAAGACUGACACAAAGAGCUCGAAGCACGGUGGCGACAUUGUGGCAGAGGUCCUCCACGCCCAUGGGGUCAAGUACAUUUUCACUCUUGUCGGUGGGCAUAUUUCACCUAUCCUGGUGGCUUGCGAGAAGGUGGGGAUCCGGAUCGUGGACACUAGGCACGAGGCCACUGCGGUCUUCGCUGCUGAUGCUGUGGCAAGACUUUCAGGUACGGUUGGUGUAGCCGCUGUGACGGCUGGCCCAGGCCUCACUAACACAGUGACAGCAGUGAAGAAUGCUCAGAUGGCUGAAUCUCCUUUGCUGCUCAUUGGAGGAGCUGCUGGCACGCUACUCCAGGGCAGAGGAGCGCUGCAAGAUAUCGACCAGAUGUCUCUCUUCAAGCCUUUGUGUAAGUUCUGCACCUCCAUCAGGACUGUCAGAGAAAUUGUGCCUACGGUCAGGAAGGCGUUGGCCAUUGCUCAGUCGGGAACCCCUGGUCCUGUUUUCAUAGAGUUCCCCAUUGACACACUCUACCCCUUCCACCUGGUGUCUAAGGAGUUUGUUGUUAAGAACCCUCCCAAAGGCCUGAUGGGAAAAAUUGUCUCAUGGUACCUUCAUAACCACCUCAUGAAUCUCUUUGCUGGAGCCUGGGAGCCCAAGGAUGUGUCUCCACUUCCUCUUCACAUCCCUCAAGCCACAGACGAUCAGAUCCAAAAGUGCCUAGAGCUGGUGAGUCGAGCCAAGAAACCUGUUAUUGUGCUGGGUAGUCAAGCAACACUACCCCCAACACCAGUGGAUAACAUCAGGAAGGCUUUGGAGGAUCUGGGCAUCCCCUGCUUUCUCGGGGGUAUGUCUCGUGGCUUGCUGGGUAAAGACAGCCCCAUCCACAUCCGACAAAACAGACGAGAUGCUCUGAAGGAAGCCGAUGUGGUAGUCCUGGCAGGUACUGUGUGUGACUUCCGGCUGAGUUACGGUAGAACUCUCAGCAGACGCAGCAAGAUCAUCGCUGUCAACAGAGACAAGACACAGCUGCUAAAAAACUCAGACAUGUUCUGGAAACCAACUAUAGCAAUUCAGGGUGAUGCUGGAUCAUUCUUAGUGCGACUUUCUGAAGGGCUGAAAGGCCAUCGCUGUCCAGAAGAAUGGCCUCAGAGCCUCAAAGCAGGGGAUGCGACCAAAGAAGCUACAAACAGGGCUAAAGCUGAGGAGAAGACUGAAUACCACUUAAAUCCCUUGAAAGCCCUCCAUUGUGUGGAUGAGCUGAUGGCUGAGGACAGCAUCAUUGUUGCAGAUGGAGGAGAUUUUGUAGGAAGUGCUGCUUACAUAAUGAAACCAAGAGGACCUCUGUGUUGGCUCGAUCCAGGAGCCUUUGGGACUCUGGGAGUUGGAGGUGGUUUUGCUUUGGGGGCAAAACUGUGCCGGCCUGAAUCUGAGGUGUGGAUAGUCUAUGGUGAUGGCUCCUUAGGAUACAGUAUUGCAGAGAUUGACACAUUCACUAGACACAAGACACCAGUGAUAGCUCUGGUGGGAAAUGAUGCGUGCUGGAGUCAGAUAUCCAGAGAGCAGGUUCCUAUGCUCGGCAGCAACGUGGCAUGCGGCCUUGCAUAUACAGACUAUCACAUAGUGGCAGAUGGCUAUGGUGGGAAGGGCUACCUUAUAGGCUCUGAAAAUGAAGAAAAGUUAAAUGACAUCAUCAGACAAGCUCAGAGGGAUGCCCGGGAGGGCAAGGCUGCACUUAUCAAUGUUCUGAUAGGGAAGACCAAUUUUAGAGAUGGCUCUAUCUCAAUAUAGAAUAUCUGUGUAAUACAGUAACCAUGAAUUCUUUAUCCUUUAACUCUGGCUACCCUGAUGGACUCUUAAUAUCUGGGUUUGUGCAGGAUUCUUUUUGUGUGACCUGGAUCCAAUCUCUGCUAGUGCACUUAAAGCCAUAAUUCACUCUGAUAAAUCACCUUAUUGUGUGCCGAUCUCUCUUGGAUCACAUAUUAUUUCCUCCAUCAGAUUAGCAAAGAAUUCAUAGCACAUCCACUAAAUAUCAGUUAUGACUGUUAUCCUCCCUAUUGUGAUACAGAUCAUGACUUUAUUUUAAAUUUAGUUAUUUAACAUUAAGUUUUACUUAAAACAUAGCUCCAGACCUGCCAGCCUAGACAAACAUACAGUCUGUGCUUAAAAUUUUCAGAGAAUAGCUGCUGCAUUUUUUUUUUAAAGGGGGGUAAAAGGGAAUGUUAAGGGAUUAUUCCUGUUUGGAAAUUUUGUGGUUCAGUUUUUGACGGUUAAACAGCCGAUUACAACUUUUGCAAAUAAACAGUGAAUGAAAUCACUUGUGUGAGAGAGAGCAUUAGCUACCAGUAUGCCUUUUUCUCCUGUUCUGACAUGAACACAUAGCCUUUUUAUGUGGACACAGGACAUCUUAGAACUGUAUUUAGUCAAUAAUUUAUAAUUUAGGAAAUCACUUUGUAGAAUGGGGAAAACAUUUUGAUUUUGAAUGUUGAUAACUGACUAACGGUAUGCCUUCAUAACGUUUGAUUGUAUCUUCAAAAUGCAUUGCCAUGAAGAGACUGAAAACGUGUCUGCUGAUUCGAUUAUAUAUCUAAACAAUAUUUGAUACUAACUUGUUUGCAGUGAUAUGGGCUAAGCCUGUACACAGUCUGGAUUGCACUAUUAUCGUAAGAUAUUUACUCACCAAGUGAACACAUGUCAGUUAUUACACUCCUGUAUGUACUGUUGUCUUGUUUGGCACAUUGUGUGUUGAAAUUUGAAUCAUAAAAUGUUAAUUUGGAUUGAUUCUGAAAUAAAUUUUUAAGAAAAGA